GCAUUCAAAAACUUCGCAGUGGUAAAAAUCACAUCAUAUGAUAACUGUCAGUUCCAAAAAUUGUUUUCCGUGGAAUUUUUAUGGAUUGUGAUCGAAAUCCCGACGAAAUGGCACCAAAAACUCCCGAAAGAGAAGCAAAACCCAAAGCUGAUGCCAAUGGAGCCAUCCUAGAUGCAGUUAAUGAAGAUUUAGACGAAAUUGAUUUGGUCAGCAGCAGCCUUGAUUCCCUCAAUUCUGCUCUGGAUAACAUUGAGCAGCGAGCUGACAGUAUGCGGUCACAACUGCUGGAACUCCUCAUGUCGAAUCGCGAAAUCCUCAAAGAGCUUCGGGAAGAAUAUAAACCAGACACGAAGGGCAGUAGUCCGGAUGAGGGACCCACAAGUAGUGGUAGCGCCUAGGACAGACGGUCCCCCACCGUAACAGUAUUUUCUUAUUGACCUUUGUACAUAGAUACAUCUAUUAUAAUUUACCCCCAAAAAAAAGAUUUAAAUUUCUGAUCAGUGAAGAAGAUUAAUGGAUUAGCGAACCCAAUUGUUAAAAUAAAAAAAAUCCAAUAAAUUGAAAUUCUCGCAAAAAA